AUGGUGGACGAGGCGAGCCGGCCCUUGCUAGAUGGCCAGGCCAGAUCCUCUUUCGAGGCAGCCGGUCGUCCUGACCAACCUCGCCGAUCAUUUGAACUGUCGUCCGAGUCGACCCCUCUCUUACAUCGUCGCGACGACGAUAUCAAUUCAUAUGGAACAGAGCGGAGGCUGUCACAGUCGUCUGCUGCAUCAUACUUGGAGGACGGGUCCCCUAGAAAGGGAAGCCCGGUGCGAUGGCCCACCGUUAUCUCGCUUGCCUUGUUAACUACUGCCAUCUUGGCAAUUUUGAUUUUUGCUUUUGCUGCACCGGCCGUGGUGAAAGAAUAUGCUCAACAAGCUGCUUUAUUUAAACCGACCAAGCUAUCUAUAGAUUCAACGACAUCCGAAGGUGUUCGCGCUCGAGUGCAAGGCGAGUUUGUCAUGGACGCAAGUCGCGUGAAGAGCAAGUCGAUGCGCAACUUUGGUCGUGUGGCCACGUGGAUUGCCAGAGAGGUUGAGACUGGGGAGUCCGAUGUGGACGUUUAUCUCCCUGAGUACGGAAAUGUCCUUCUUGGUAACGCCACAUUGCCAUCCAUCAAAGUUAAUAUUCGCAAUGGCCAUCACAACCACGUCGACGUCUUGGCAGAUCUCAAAGCUGGCGAUAUUAAGGGAAUACAUGCAGUCGCUGUAGAUUGGAUGGAAGGGAGGCUAGGUCGCCUCAGCAUCAAGGGAAGAGCAACAAUACACCUCAAAUCAGGCUUAAUCGGCCUAGGAACCCAGAUUAUUACAGACACUAUCACAUUUGAAGAGAAAGACUUCCCUGCCUCACCAAAGAUUGACGUCGUGAAGCUCAAUGUUCGUGAUGACAAGGGUGGAGCCAUGGUAGUUGAUGUCGUUGUGGCUGCGUUGAUCGACUCUCCUAUUGCUUUGACAAUUCCCUCCCUUGGAUUCGAGAUCAUGGUGCCUAAUUGCUCCCCUGGUGAUCCUUACAUCAUGGUCGCCGAUGCGACAACCUCAGAAAUUCAGGUACACCCUGGUGAAGCCACCGGUGUCAACGUUCGGGGACUUAUUGAAAAUCUCCCCAACGAACUCACUGCUACUUGCCCCGAUGAGGAGGGCUCUCCUUUGGACUUCCUGGUUUCGAGUUAUAUGCGUGGCGACAAGACCACAGUCUUCAUCCGUGGCGCAGAUGCGCCUUCCGUUAACACACCUGGGUGGAUUGUAGAUUUCUUACGCAGCGUCACUGUUCCUCUGGAAUUUACAGGAGGUGCAUUUGAUGAUCUGAUCAAGAAUUUUACCAUGUCCGACAUGAAAUUCUCCCUUCCCGACCCGUUCGCAGAACCGGGAGCCCCUGACUCGCAGCUUACCGUGUCUGGCCUGGUGAAGGUUCUCAUCAACCUGCCGGAACAAAUGAAUUUCCACGUUGAUGUUCCCAAAGUCCGCGCCCUAGCAAACGUCUUCUACGAGGGCGAACAGCUUGGAAAUUUGAACAUGGAAAAAUGGCAAGACGCCAACUCGACCCUUGUGGUAGAUCAGGACGGCUCUUCAGCGCUGCUGGUGGAAUCACCAAUCAAGGAUUUACCACUGGAGGUCACAGACAGCAAUUUGCUGGCACAGCUCGUCCAGGAAAUGCUUUGGGGCUCCGGGUCUGUGGUGUUGCACGUCGCUGCCACUGUAGACACGAAGGUCUCUACUGGUCUUGGACGAUUCGCUGUGCGGGGCAUUCCCGCCGAUGGGGAUGUCCCUGUAAACACUCCUGGAACGUCGAUUGAUCAUCUUCAUCCUCGAGUCGCAUCGAUUGAACUAAAGAACACCACUGAAACCUCACUCUACGUCUCCACUCAACUGAACUUUACGAAUCCGACUGACUACUCUGCAACGAUUCCAUUCGUGGAUAUCCUGAUGCUAUACAAUGGAACAGCUCUUGCUCAUAUUGUGGCUCGCAAUAUCGCAAUUAUUCCUGGGAACAACACCCACGUCCCCAUCGAUUUCUCAUGGAGCCCACUAGAAACUGGCGGUAUCGAUGGGAAAGAAGCUGGUAGAGCCUUCAUGUCCUCUGUUGCCUCAGAUCUAAACACAUCAGUGACCCUCAAGACAUACGAAGGAACAUUUCCUUCCCUACCACAUCUUGGCAAAGGGCUUUCUGCCGUGCCAUUUGACGUUCCUGUGCCCCGCCAAUCUACCCCAGGAUCACCAGGAGAUGGGGAUGGAGAUGACCACGGCGGCUCAAAGUUCAUACAGGAAUCAACGAUCCACAUCUGGACUUCAACCGCCGAGUUCACUCUCUUUUCACCCAUGGCCGACAUGAGCAUCCAAAUCACAUCACUCAACGCAACCGCUCUCUAUGACGAAGAUGAACCUAUUGGCAGAAUCAGCUAUGACUUGCCUUUUGAGGUCCCGCCCGGUGUUUCGCACACACCACGCAUGCCGGUUGAUCUGGUGCUAGAUGGAAUUGGAUAUGAUGCCUUGCGCAAGGCUCUUGGUCAUUCAUUACUGGUUGAUGCGGUGGCUACAGUUGGAUUCAAACUCGAAAAUUAUGAAGAUGUUGUUAGCUACAAUGGGUCCGGGAUCGGAGCCAAGGUAAGAUUUUAG